AUGCUUUACUCAUACCAAUUCGUCGUCUUGUCAUCUUCCCUCAAUACCCAGCAGCUCAUUUCCUCCUCCUCGCUUUCCCCCGACUCGUGCUUCGCUCUUCAACCACUUCUUCCUCACAUUCAGCUACGGCGGAAUGUGCAGCCUAUGUGCGCCGCCAAGCACCCUCCUGCUCUUGAAGACCUCCCGGACCGGCUCCCCGACUUCUCGCCUCCAGAAGUGCCUGAGCUCACCGUCCCGCUUCUUCAUCAGGCCUUGCGGUCAGCCCCUCGAGGCACAGCUGCUGGUCCUUCUGGGUGUCUCAUUGAGCACCUUCGUGAUACCUUCCUCUCGUACCAGUCGCACCUGCCGCAUUUCCUCCGCCUGUUCCAGAAUUGGCUGCAAGGCGACCUCCCUCAAACUGUCCGACCUUUCUUCACCGCAUCUACUCUUGUCGCCCUUCAGAAGCCGCAAAGAGGCGUCCGCCCCAUUGCCAUCGGCGAGGUACUGCCGCGCUUGCUGUCUCGUUGCGUUACUCUUCACUUCAAGCAGCAGAUUAGGGAUUUCUUCCUUCCCUCCCUGCAGUUUGGGGUCACUGUCUCUGCAGGGAUCGAGGUUAUGGCCCACGCAGUCCAGUCAGCCCUCUCUCUCCACCCAGACUGGGUCGUGCUGGAAGUGGAUGUGGCCAAUGCUUUCAACUCGUUCAGUCGUUCCGCUAUGUUCAACGCUCUGCGAGACUCCCCGUUCUCCAGCCUCAUCCCUUUCUUCCGCCUCUUCUACCCCUCCCCCUCUCCACUCCAUUACCGCAGCGGCCCACUUAUCGAAACGCUUCAGUCAUCAUCAGGUGUUCGACAGGCACUUACAGCUCGUCUCAACAGCCUCGGCCUGCGGGUGCAACCAUCGAAAUGCUCCCUUUGGGCCCCUUUGGACCUCCCUUCAGACCUCACACCUCCACCGGACAUCACUGCCUCUCGCAUCCUUUCUCUCUGCGUCUCCGCUCGUCCCUCAUUCCUCCUCCGUACAGUUGCACCCUUCCCCGAGAUAGAAGAGCUCUAUACUGACUGGGACAACAGCUUGCUCGACCAUUUUGUUCGCCUCAUCGGCUCUGACUACUGGCCCCCUACAUUUGACCACACUGCCACAGCACAUCGACAGACAUGCCUUCCCAUUCGCCUUGGAGGGUUUGGCCUCCGAUCAUCAGCUGCAGCUGCUACUCUCAGUUACUUGUGCAGUUGGGCACAGACAGCUUCACUGCUCUCCUCAUGCUUCACCAUCAACGGCUCUCACAUUUUCCGCCCCUUUAUCACUUCAGACACCAUGGAUCGCCUUGACUCAUGCAUUCCUAAAGCCUUAUCCAAACUUCAUCCAUCCAUUCGACAGCACUUCCCCACUUGGCCUGCACUCCACGCUGGCUACCCACAGAAGCUGUAUUCCUACCUUUCACAACACCUUGACGCUGUCAUGCUCGAGCGCGUGCGAUCCACACGCCCCACACUGGUUCUCAUGAACAUCAUCCUGGUGGGGCUGCAGCUCUCCUUCGCCGCCCUGCUGCCCGCUGCCUGGCGCUACUCCCGCCCACCUGCGGGCGACAGCAGCAGCAGUGGGACUGGGAGCGGCAGCACAGUGGAAGGUGGCAGUAGCUACUCAACUGGUGGAUGUAGGCUGCUCAACUGGUGGGUGUUGGCUGCUCAACUGGUGGGUGUUGGCUGCUCAACUGGUGGGUGUUGGCUGCUCAACUGGUGGGUGUUGGCUGCUCAACUGGUGGGUGUUGGCUGCUCAACUGGUGGGUGUUGGCUGCUCAACUGGUGGGUGUUGGCUGCUCAACUGGCUGCUCAACUGGUGGGUGUUGGCUGCUCAACUGGUGGAUGUUGGCUGCUCAACUGGUGGGUGUUGGCUGCUCAACUGGUGGGUGUUGGCUGCUCAACUGGUGGGUGUUGGCUGCUCAACUGGUGGGUGUUGGCUGCUCAACUGGUGGGUGUUGGCUGCUCAACUGGUGGGUGUUGGCUGCUCAACUGGUGUGUGUUGACUGCUCAUGCAUUCACCCAUGUUAACCACUUGUGCAUUCCCCCAUGUUACCCACUCAUGCACGCACCCAUGUUACCCACUCAUGCACGCAUUCAUGUUACCCACUCAUGCUUUGACCCAUUUUACCCACUCAUGCAUCUUUAUUUCUCUCCCUUCCUUUCCUCCCCUUCUUUCCCUUUCCUCCUCUUCCCUACCCUUCCCCCCUUUCCUCCCAUCUUCUCCCAACCCUCCCCUUCAAUCCCGCCCUCUCCCUUCUUCCUCUCCCUCUUUUGCCUCCCCUUUUUCCUCUUUUUCCUCGCUGCACCAACCCGCACGCCUCUGUUGGCAUGGGAGGUGGGCACAGUGUCCGCCCACUCGCAGGCACGGCAGCUGCUAGCACCUGCUGGCAGCAGCCAUGGUGCUGCUGAUGCUCACAAUGAGUCUGGGGCCCAUGAUGCCCAGGAGGAUGCAAGCGGGUCAAGACGAGCGCACGGCAAGAGGCACAAGAAAAAGCGUCAGGGCAGCAAGAAAAACUUCAAGGGAAGGCGCUGA